GCCGUCCCAGCACCUUCUCAGAUCCUGAGCACCUUUCUCUUCUCUCUGCUGACUUGCUCCCUCACUCGCCUCCCUCCUCGGCACCAUGACCAGCUGCAGCCGCCAGUUCACCUCCGGCUCCAUGAAGGGCUCCUGUGGCAUCGGCUCCAGCCGCAUGUCCUCUGUCGUGGCUGGAGGGUCCUGCAGGGCCCCUGGCAACUUCGGGGGCAUGUCGGUCUCCACCUCUCGCUACUCCUCCGGGGGGGCCUGCGGGCUGGGAGGCGGCUAUGGCGGUGGCUUCAGCAGCAGUAGUAGCUUUGGUGGGGCCCUGGGAAGUGGUUUCGGUGGUGGCCUUGGUGCCGGCUUCGGCGGUGGCUUCGGCGGUGGCUUCAGUGGUGGCUUCUGUGGUGAUGAUGGUGGCCUCCUCUCUGGCAACGAGAAGAUCACCAUGCAGAACCUCAAUGACCGCCUGGCCUCCUACCUGGACAAGGUGCGCGCCCUGGAGGUGGCCAAUGUCGACCUGGAGGUCAAGAUCCGAGACUGGUACCAGAAGCAGCGGCCCGCUGAGACCAAGGACUACAGCCCCUACUUCAAGACCAUCGAGGACCUGAGGAACAAGAUCAUCGCCGCCACCAUUGAGAACGCUAAGCCCAUUCUGCAGAUCGACAAUGCUAGGCUGGCAGCUGACGACUUCAGGACCAAGUACGAGCAUGAGCUGGCCCUGCGCCAGAGCGUGGAGGCCGACAUCAACGGCCUGCGCAGGGUGCUGGACGAGCUGACCCUGGCCAGAGCCGACCUGGAGAUGCAGAUCGAGAGCAUGAAGGAGGAGCUGACCUACAUGAAGAGGAACCACGAGGAGGAUAUGUUCGUCCUGCGGGGACAGACUGGUGGGGACGUCAAUGUGGAGAUGGACGCCGCCCCAGGUGUGGACCUGAGCCGCAUCCUCAACGAGAUGCGUGACCAGUACGAGCAGAUGGCAGAGAAGAACCGCAGAGACGCCGAGGCCUGGUUCUUGAGCAAGACCGAGGAGCUGAAUAAGGAAGUGGCCUCCAACAGUGAGCUGGUGCAGAGCAGUCGCAGCCAGGUGACCGAGCUCCGGAGGACGCUCCAGGGCCUGGAGAUCGAACUGCAGUCCCAGCUCAGCAUGAAAGCAUCCCUGGAGGGCAGCCUGGAGGAGACCAAAGGCCGCUACUGCAUGCAGCUGGCCCAGAUCCAGGGGCUGAUCGGCAGCGUGGAGGAGCAGCUGGCUCAGUUGCGCUGUGAGAUGGAGCAUCAGAGCCAGGAGUACCAGAUCCUGCUGGACGUGAAGACACGGCUGGAGCAGGAGAUCGCCACCUACCGCAACCUGCUGGAUGGCCAGGACCCCAUUCUCUACUCUCCUGCCUCCACGUCCGGCCGAGAUGUCUCCUCUUCGUCUGGUCGCCAGACCCGGCCCAUCCUCAAGGAGCAGGGCUCCACGAGCUUCAGCCAGAGCCAGAACUCCAAACAAUGAGCUGCCUCAGCCAGAGCCUCCUGCCCACCUGGCGGCCUCACCUCCAAAAGGCCUGGGUCAGGCUCCUCUUCUCCCUGCGCAGGUCCCAGCUGUCUCCCCUCCCUCUCCGCUGGUGGCGGGCUAAUAAAGCUGAGUUUCUGAUUGAUGCAAA